CGAAGAAAGUGAUGGACUAUACUAAAGAGAACAAUACCACCAUUGUUAUCUGUGUGAUUAAGUUUGCAUGUAUCAAGGAGUACAAAGGUAAUAUCUCUAUAUCAAAUGCGUUCAACUCAACGCAAAUCUUUCUCAAUCCAGAAACUGCCGAAGUGAAAACGUUUACAGCCAUGUUAUCAGGCGACAAUCAAUUGGUCACACAUAGUGACAGCAAAGUGUCAUUUGGAUCUGCAGUUUCACUUCAUGAUGAGAUGCUGGUGAUAAAUCCGAGGAAAACAAUUUCAGGAAUUCUUGAUUCAAGAUCGGUUGGAACCUGUGUGGUUGUAGCCAAAAUCGAUUAUGUUGAUUUGUCAAAAAAAUGGUACUAUGUUGCAUGCGAUGCAAAAAGAAAGUUCAACCAUAUGGAGAUGAUUCUGAUGAUGAGGAUGAUUGUCUUCAACACAAACCUCGAUACAACUGCCCAAAACACAAUGACAUCGAAGAUGUUAUCUACAAUUAUUUCUUGAUUCUGCGUGUCUCUGAUGAAUCAGCAUCAAUAACAAAGUUUCUUUUGUUUGACGAAACUGCAAAUAAACUCAUUGCGAGGCCCGCUUUAGAGUUAGUUGAAGAGGCUGCAGAGGAACUUCCUUCUUUCGUUCCUCAAUCUCUAACAGACUUAGUUGGGAGAAAUUUUUUAUUCAAGAUCAAAAUAGAAUCAAAGAAUCAAAAGGCAGUAGUUCACCUUAUAUUGUUG